AUGUCCAGGGGUCAGCUCUACACUAUCCAGGUGCUAGACACCCAUUGCUUCUUCUGGCGCGAGAUGUGGACUAGGCUCGACGAUUGGUGGUUCGAGGUCGCUGCCAUCGCUGCGCAGUGCACAGUGUUGAAGUCAUGGGUGAAGUGGGUGGGCAGCGUGGUGGAGGACCUUCCUGACUCCUCGGCGGAGAGCGGCGCCCUCCGAGGCUCGCAGGCGCUGAAGGGCCUGGAGGGCCUGGGCACGUCCAAGGCUGUUGACACGGCCAAGGACACGACGGCCGGCACGGCGGCCAUUGUCGAGCCCGGGCCGAUUGGGUCAAGAUCGAGCUGUGUGCUGCUUCGGUUCAGACACGUCGGCCCGGGCUAG